AUUUCUCACAUUAUCGAUAUUUUAUUUCCCAUUCUCUCCUCCUUACCCCGACACCAAAAAGUCUAAUCCCCACCUUCUUUCCUCUUCCCUUUCUCCGAAGCUCUCUUCUCCGCGGCAAAAAUGGCGGGUCGGAAACCGGACGGCAACGGCCGCGGCGCCGGCGGAGUCCCAUGCGAUUUCUGCAGCGACCAGCUCGCCGUUCUCUACUGCCGAGCCGACUCGGCGAAGCUCUGCUUGUUCUGCGACCAGCACGUCCACUCCGCUAACCUCCUCUCCCGGAAGCACAUCCGCUCCCAGAUCUGCGACAACUGCAGCUCCGAGCCGGUCUCCGUCCGCUGCGCCACCGAUAACCUGGUCCUCUGCCAAGAGUGCGACUAUGACGCUCACGGCAGCUGCUCCGCUUCUCACGACCGCGCUUCUCUCGAAGGCUUCUCCGGCUGCCCCUCCGCCCUCGAGCUCGCCGAGAUUUGGGGCUUCGAUUUCGCCGAGAAGGAGAAGUCAGUGGUGUCGCUGGAGGCUCCGAUUGGCGGCGGAUUGCAGGACUGGAUGGCGCAAAUCGAGGGUUGGAUGUGCGUUUCACAGGACGGAUUCAGCUUCCCGGAUUUGACAGUUCCCGUCGGCAACGCCCCGAUUUUCGGUACUGGCGGCGAGAAGAAGCAAGGGACUGGUGGCUCUAGUUGCGGGAGGUACAAGCAGGUGAUAUAUAAGCAGCUGGUGGAGCUGUAUAAGCGAGAUUUGGUUUCAGGCGGCGAAGGCGGAGAGAUUCCGGUGUCGGAUACGCCGAGCAGGAAUUGCUGGGAGGGAACUAAUCAGGCUAACGGAAUUGAUCCAGACUGCGGUGGCGAGGGAUGGGAGCAAAAGGAACCGCCGAUGCCACCGUUCUCGUGUUUGCUUAACGAAUUGCCACCGCCGGCGGAAGCAGAAUCGAAAGCCACCACCACUACUGAUCGAUUCGUCGGAGUGAGCACACUGUGGAAUGGUAACAGUAACAGUAACCAGAACAACAGUAACAAGCCCGCCGCUCACGGUACUACACAGAUAUGGGAUUUCAAUUCAGGACAGUCGAGGAACCAAGAAGAUGAUGGUGGCUUGGAGGGAGGCUACGGCGUAGGCAAUCAAGCAGGUUUCUCCAUUAAGGGUAUCGGCGAGUUGAUCAAAGAAUCAUCAGUGGCGGGGGAUACAUACCAAUUUGAUUGUUCCUCCAUUAGACACGAAGACAUGGUCUCCUUCACCAAGAAGAAGUCGAACAACCCAACAAUGAGCCAAGGUGCAGCAACGACGUCAGAGAGCAACAACAACCACCAUCCGCUGUCAACAAAGGCGUCCUUCAAGAAGGCCUCUUCCGGGGAAGGGAGCGCUGUUGCUACGUUGGCCCCUGGAGGUGGGAGCAAGGUAGUGGAUGUGGUAGUGAUGGCGCAGAACAGAGGGAAUGCAGUGCAACGGUAUAAGGAGAAGAAGAAAACACGAAGAUUCGAUAAGCACAUACGGUAUGAAUCGAGGAAGGCUAGAGCUGAAACGAGGAAGCGAGUGAAGGGACGGUUUGUGAAAACCACCGAUGCACCAUAGAGUUGAGAUUGGAGCUUCUAUGUAGAACAAGGGUUCUUCUUUUCCUCUUCCUUUUCUGUUGUACUUGAUAGAUGAUAGAACAAGCAUGUUGUACAUAUACUUAUGAACGGCAAACAGGCAAAAGAACAGUUCUUUCUUCUUCUUCUUCUUCCUGCUGUGUGUGGCUUUGUUUUCUUCCUUCUCCUAGCUGACUGUUUCUGGGCAUAAUUUUCAUCAACAAUCUUGCCACGUGGGCUGUCUCCAUAUUCAUUAUUGAGUACUGAGUUUUUGUGG